AUGUUUACUUUUUGUUCCUUACAGGGAGCGCAAUCCGAAUCAUCGGCGUCGCAAUCAUUACUUGAGCUUGAUGGAGGAGUUAAGGUGCUGAUUGACGUGGGAUGGGAUGAAACUUUCGAUGUGGAAAAGUUGAGGGAGCUUGAGAAACAAAUCCCGACGCUCUCACUUAUACUUCUCACUCAUGCCACCGUUCCUCAUAUCGCGGCUUAUGCACAUUGCUGCAAACACUUUCCUCUCUUCACUCGAAUACCUGUCUAUGCAACACAUCCUGUCAUCGCGCUUGGAAGGACUCUCUUGCAAGAUUUAUAUAGCUCAACACCACUAGCGUCAACCGUUAUACCUACGACUUCUUCUUUCCUUCUUCAACCUCCUACGAAAGAGGAAAUCAAUUACUAUUUUUCUCUCGUUCGUCCUUUAAAAUAUUCGCAGCCCCAUCAACCACUUAAUGGAGUAACAAUUACAGCCUACAAUGCGGGACAUAGUUUAGGAGGCACAAUAUGGCACAUUCAACACGGGCUCGAGUCUAUAGUUUAUGCAGUGGAUUGGAAUCAAGCUCGUGAGAAUGUUUUGGCUGGUGCGGCUUGGUUGGGCGGGGCGGGAGCGGGAGGGGCUGAGGUUAUCGAGCAACUACGAAAACCGACCGCAUUAAUAUGUAGUAGUAAAGGAGGAGAACGAGUUGCCUUACCCGGAGGAAGAGCCAAGAGAGAUGAACUUUUACUCGAUAUGAUCAAAUCAUCGAUUAAAAGAGGAGGCAUUGUCCUUAUACCGACAGAUUCUGGAGCGCGAAUGAUGGAACUAGCAUAUCUCUUAGAGCAUGCUUGGAGAACUGGAAACCAGGAAGAGGAAAGCGCAUUCAGGUCCGCGAAACCUUACCUAGCAGUCAGUACAAGUGAAAUGACGAUGAGAUAUACGAGGAGUAUGUUUGAGUGGAUGGACGAAGCUAUUAUUCGAGAGUUUGAAGCGCAGCCUGGCCACGAGGAACAGCAAACUGGACAACAGAGGAGACACGCAUACUCAGAUGAAUCAAAGCAAAACGCAGGCCCAUUCGAGUUUAAACAUCUUCGACUACUAGGGCGAAAGGGUCAAAUUGACCGAAUGUUAAAUGAAACGGACAAUUUAGGAAGAUCAGUAGGAAAAGUAAUUCUUGCCAGUGACACUUCCAUUGAAUGGGGAUUUUCGAAAGAGGUGCUGCGGAAAAUUGCGGACGAUGACAAAAAUCUUCUGAUUUUGACAGAAAAGUUGAAUCGUAUUGACGGAGUUACAGGAUUAGGAAGGACUCUGUGGUCAUGGUGGGAGGAACGACGCAAUGGAGUCGCUACCGAACCAAGCUCAAAUGGAGGAAACUUAGAACAAGUCUAUGGGGGAGGAAGGGACCUUGAAAUCAGAGAACCUAAACGUAUUCCAUUGGAGGGUAAUGAUCUGACUGUUUACCAACAGUGGUUAGCGACACAACGUCAGCUGCAGAACACUCUUCAGCCGGGUGGUGCUACAGCUCUUGAGGCUUCUGCCGAUAUUGUUGACGAUGCUUCGUCGGAUUCGUCUUCAGAUUCCGAUGAUUCUGAGACUGAACAGCAAGGAAAAGCUCUUAACAUAUCCGCAACUAUGGGCCAAGCGAAUCGGAAAAAGAUUGGCUUGAGUGAUGAAGAUCUUGGCAUCAAUAUACUUCUCCGAAAGAAAGGUGUUCACGAUUUCGAUGUAAGAGGAAAGAAGGGUCGUGAUAAGAUGUUUCCUAUGGCGAUCAGGAGGAAACGGAAUGAUGAUUUUGGAGAACUGAUUAGACCCGGGGAGUUUCUGAGAGCAGAAGAACGGGAUGAGGUGGAUGGACAGGAACCACAACGACCUGGAAAAUAUGACACGAAAGAUACCCUCGGCAAAAAAAGGAAGUGGGAUGAUGUUGCAGCUUCCGGGAAACGAAGAGUGACGAAUGAGGGCAAGCGACAGCAGGUCGGCAAUAACGAGGAUGACUCCGUAGCAGAUGUUUUGGAAGAGGAUGAUCUAGUGGAUAUAGUAGAAGAAGAGAUUCCUGGACCAUCCAGACUGGAUAUCUCAGUUGAGACACUCAAGAUCAAUCUUCGAAUUGCAUUUGUCGACUUCGCUGGGCUUCACGACAAACGCAGUCUUCAAAUGUUGAUACCUCUAAUCCAGCCUCGGAAGUUGAUAUUGGUCGGUGGUAUGAAAGAUGAGACGUUAGCACUUGCCAAUGAUUGCAGACAGCUUCUUGGUAGCACUAAAGAUAAGCUCGUCGAUGUAUACACGCCAGAAAUCGGUGUUAUCAUUGACGCAAGUGUAGAUACUAAUGCGUGGGCUGUGAAGCUCACUGACUCAUUAGUUAAGCAAUUGCGCUGGCAAAACGUCAAGGGGUUGGGAAUUGUUACUCUAACUGGUCGAUUAGAAACGACAAAUAUUGACACCGAUUCGCAUGAUUCGGAAGGUGCCAAUAAGAAGCAAAAGAUGCUGACAGGGGAAUCAGAGGAAACUCCAACGCAGGCAGCUCUUGAUUCGGCAAAAGCUGUUGUUGAAAUGCCAAUCCUAGAUGUACUACCUUCAAAUAUGGCAUCAGCAACAAGAUCGGUUGCGCAGCCUUUGCAUGUUGGUGAUUUAAGGCUAACAGAUCUACGAAAAAUCAUGCAAUCUUCUGGUCUUACUGCAGAACUUAGAGGAGAAGGUACUCUUUUGAUUGAUGGAUCUGUCAUUGUCCGUAAAACUGGUACCGGGAGGAUUGAGGUAGAAAGCGUCGGUGUGACAACGAGUUCCUUUUACGCUGUUAAGGGGAAGAUUUAUGAAGGCCUUGCGGUAGUGGCAGGUGGAUAA